AUGGAAAAGACCUUACGCAAAGACCUAAGUCAUUAUUACUCCGAUGUCACAAAGCUCCGCCAGGGAAGCAGUAUGGAAAAGUACUUAGAGUACUUACGGAUUCCUGGCAUGGCUAAUCUUGCAGGCGGUUAUCCCGAUCCACAACUCUUUCCCUUUGACACUCUUGAGGCACAGAUUGCAGUCCCUAAGAGAUGGGCUCCUACACCAGAUCAGCCAGAUCUAGACGGCAGCAGAGCAACUGCACUGAUCGAAUCAGCAGUUUCGUUAGCCGAUUCGAUUGGCGCGUCACGCAUCGUUGUGCCUCAUAGUAUCUCAAAUAAAGACCCCGUCUACAAGUUAGAUAUUGCUUCAGCAUUACAAUAUGGCCAUCCAGAGGGCUACCCGCCAUUGUUGUCAUUCAUCCGCCAAUUCUCACGAAAUCACCUACAUCCGAAAGUCCCAUAUAAGGAUGGACCAGAAGUCAUUCUUACAGUGGGUUCGACCGACGGUAUUUCGAAAGUAUUGGAUCUAUUUACCAAUAUCUGGAUUGAAGGAAAAAGCAAGAUUGAAGAUCGCCCUGGCCUGCUCUGUGAUGUUUUUAUGUUCACCAACGUGUUGAAACAAGCCAGGCCACGCGGCAUGCAAAUCGUUCCUGUUGAGAUUGAUGAUAAUGGUCCUGUUGCAUAUGGACCGGGAGGGUUGGAAGAGAUUCUUGCGAAUUGGAACAGUAGUACAGGAAAGAGGCCACACCUGUUGUAUAGUGUAUCGGUGGGCCAUAACCCAACCGGCAUAGUUUUCCCACAUAAACGGAAGAAGGAAAUAUAUGCCGUCUGCAGCAAGUAUGAUGUGAUUAUUAUUGAAGASGAGCCAUAUUGGUUUCUUCAGUAUCCAUCGGCUGGAAUCGAGGAAGCCAAAGCCAGGGGGACACCGAUCCCAGAAGUUGGGUCAGGAAAUUCACUUGAAGUCAACUCUGGUUAUACUUUCUUAGACUCUUUGACACCGUCCUUCUUGAAUAUUGACACAGAUGGUCGUGUCAUCCGGUUAGACACAUUCUCAAAGACUGUAGCACCCGGCUGCCGAUUAGGAUGGAUCACUGCUACCCCGGAGAUAUGCGAAAAGAUACUUCUUAUCACGGAAUCUGGAAGCCUGCAACCUUCCGGGUUUGUUCAGAGCCUUGUCGCUCAGACUAUCAUAGGCUCCCAGGAAGGAGAUGUCGCGCAGUUUUUGGAUUCCUCUCCUGAACAAAAGCCAAUAUUCAGUGGUUGGCAGAUGGAUGGGUGGGUUCGAUGGCUAGCAGGCCUACGUGGCGUAUAUGAGCGUCGUAUGAACCGAACCUGCUCGAUAUUGGAGAAGGGUUCAUGGCGAACAGGAGGAUCAUCUUCACUCAAAGAUGAUGUUAGUACGAGGACGCAAAUAUACUCCUUCAAUUGGCCGCGCGGUGGUAUGUCAGUAUGGAUCAAGUUGCACUUCGAGCGACAUCCCUUGUGGAGAUCCACGGGCAGCCAUAAUAAUGUCAUCGAUGGCCCCGCAUUGUCCAUUGCGAUGCUCGUUCAUCUAACACGCAAACCGUAUUUGAUACUGCUAUCACCAGGAACAGGGUACAGCGCCACAGAGCAAAUUCGCACAGAAAGAGGUUGGGCUUAUUGCCGACUCUGCUUUGCAGCCGAGGCGGAGGAUUAUCUAGAUGAAUGCUCAGAGCGCUUUGUGCAAGGACUGCAGAGCUUUUGGCUAAUUGAGAAAGUCGAAGAGAUUGAGAAUUUGUUAAAAGUUUGA